UACCUUUCGACGUGUGUUUCACACGGACUUGUUUUGAAGAUGCACGGAAAAGUGCGGGUUGCAGGAGAAGCAUGGAAGAAAAUGAAGUCAUGAAAGACAGUUCGUUCAAUGUCCUGACCUGAUACACUCAUGUGGAGGAGCUUGCUGUUGAAGGGCACCACCUGCCUCUUGCAGGUGGCAGCCCGGAGGCUUCCCCACAAAAGACACCUCUCAUCCCUCUGUGUGAGACUUCUCUCUCAGAGACUCCCUCACAGGCCUCCUAAAUCUCUGUGUGGUUCACAGCUUUUGGGCAGAGACGGCUUCCUGUCGACCAGUUGGACCAGGGCUUAUAAAAAAGAUGCCAAGUCUAAUGUGGAGUUUCCUACAAGCCCCAUCACAGUCACAGAUAUAAAACAGUACCUGCGCUCCAAAGACAUUCCCUUCCACGAUGGCUACAGCUGCCUCCACAUCCAGAGCAUCUUUGUCAAUGCACUUGACAGGAAGGACAACUUCUCCUUGUUCAUCGACAAAACCACCGGGCAGUUUUUGUGCAAGGACACGCUGGUGGAAGGGAGCUGGGAGGAUCUGCAGGACUGCCUGGAGGUGAUGCAGAAGGAGGAGCAGGAUUUCCUCAGCCCUGAUGUGCUACUGGGAUAUCCAGAGAGUGUGGAGGAGCAGGACGAGAGGGAGAGGGAGCUGAGGGAGGUGCAGAGGAUCUGGUCCAGCUCUGUGCCCUUCACUGACCUACAUGAUGACGAGGUUCAGCUGAUCAAAACCAUGUUCCAGAUCACAAAGGUCUCUAAUGCGAUCCUCAAGAAGUUUGGUGUGAGACUCUUCAAGCCUACCAAGAGUCUUGUUUUCCCCUGGUUCGGUGGACCCGACUCCUCCCUGAAGGGCGUGAAGCUUCUCUCAGCCCAACAUAGAACAGACACUGAGAAGGUUACUUAUAAUGAAGCUACAGUACCAAAGAGUAAUUCUUACAACAAUUUGUUUGGCCUCCCUCUGGUGGGCCGAAUGGACUCGGAGGUUGUGCUAACUGGACAGGAGCUGGACACUCUGGCUGUGAGCCAGGCCACAGGACUCCCCAGUGUCGCUCUUCCACGUGGAGUCAGCUGCCUCCCACCGAUCCUGCUGCCUUAUCUGGAACAGUUCAAGCGCGUGACGCUGUGGCUGGGAGACGACAUUCGCUCCUGGGAGGCGUCAAAGAUCUUUUCGAGGAAGCUGGGUCUGAGGCGCUGCUCGCUGGUGCGACCCGGGGAGUACCGGCCCUGUCCGGUGGAGGCGCUGGCCCAGGGAAAGAACUUCAGCCAAAUCAUUAAAUCCUCAAUCCCAGCUGCCCACAAGUCCAUCGUGUCCUUCAAGCAGCUGAGAGAAGAUGUGUACGGGGAGCUGUUGAACACAGACCAGGUGGCCGGAGUGAAGUGGACGAGGUUUCCGGAGCUCAACAGGAUCCUGAAGGGACACCGCAAAGGGGAGCUGACUGUGUUCACAGGUCCUACAGGCAGUGGAAAGACCACCUUUAUCAGCGAGCUCGCCCUGGACCUUUGCAUGCAGGGCGUCAACACACUAUGGGGCAGCUUUGAGAUCAACAACGUGCGUCUUGCUAAAAUCAUGCUGACUCAGUUUGCCAUGCAGCGGCUGGAGGAAAACCUGGAGCAGUACGACUUCUGGGCAGACAAGUUCGAAGAGCUGCCGCUCUACUUCAUGACGUUCCACGGGCAGCAGAACAUCAAGGCAGUGCUGGACACUAUGCAACAUGCAGUUUACAUGUAUGACAUCAACCAUGUCAUCAUUGACAACCUGCAGUUCAUGAUGGGGCAGGAAAACCUCUCAGUAGACAAGUUUGCGGUCCAGGACCACAUCAUCGGAGCGUUCAGGAAGUUUGCCACCAACAGCAGCUGCCACGUCACUCUGAUCAUUCACCCCAGGAAAGAGGAGGACGACCGAGAACUGCAAAUAGCCUCCAUCUUUGGUUCAGCAAAGGCCAGCCAAGAAGCCGACAACGUCCUCAUCCUGCAGGAGAAGAAGCUGGUGACGUGUCCUGGCCGCAGGUCCCUGCAGGUGACAAAGAACCGGUUUGACGGAGACGUCGGCAUCUUCCCUCUGGAUUUCAUCAAGUCAUCACUCACUUUCGCAACUCCCCUCAAGGGCAAGCACAAGCUGAGGAGGGUCAACAUGAAGCCGGAGGAGGACGAGGCGGACAGUGCAGCGGUGAAGAAGGAAGAGAGUAAGAAGGAGAAGGCCGCCAAAACGACAAAGACUCCACGAGUUGUUAAGGAUCCUGCAAGUGGAAAUGAAAGCAAGCAGAAGGAAUCGUAAUGAGUUUAAUUCAUCGGUGUUAUGGAUCGUUUUCUCUGUUGACUUUAGUUCAGUUUCACCACUUUCACAAUUAAUUGAAGUUUAGCAAGAUCCAGAAAUGUCAUGUAAAAGAUAAAGUUAGACAGUUUUAUGUCCCCAACAUAAAGUUCAACUAAGCUAAUCAUUAAAGGGUUACUUCGUAUUUUUUUUAACCAAGACCCUGUUUACUACGGUUUUGUGUCUGAGUCGUGGAAAUAACACUUUUUGAAAUUGUUCCAAUAUGGAGCAAGACCGCUGCAACCAUAAAUCACAAAAGCAGCUGCAGGAAAUUGCACAUCGUCAAAGUGCAUCUACUUAAAGUGCUUGUUUCUGCCACCGACUCAGGCUCAGAUUGUAAUUGUGUCUGACAGCAUUUUGGAAAGAGUCCCUUGAGAGAUGGAUCUUUUUUGGUUGACCAGAAACAGCCACGAUGACGCUCUCGCCAAACCCACCAGACUCCAUUCACAGAAACGGAUAUUUUACAUCUUAAAACACACUUCAUUCAAACUCGACAGAAAACCAAAAAUAAAACUCACCAAAGCCGUAGUAGUUUGUCUUUUCACAAUCACCAACAAAGUAAACUCUUAAUCCAAUGCAUUAGAAAUAAAAAUAUCAGGAGAGGAGCAAGAGGGGAGAGCUGGAGUGUUUUUGCAUCUGACGCGGUGAAUGAAGGGUUUAUUUCAGGCUAACCAGAGUUGGUGAUUGUUGUUGGAACAGUGGAAAAACAAACCAAGAUGGAUUUCAUGAGUUAUAUAGUUUGAAUGUGAAAGUGUGUGAUGAUAAAAAUUAGCGCUUCUGCAAAUGGAGUCUGGUUGCUUUGGCGAGCGUCUGUUUCUGGUUAAACAGAGAGGAUGUUACUUCUCACACGAGGUCCAUCUCUGCAGGGAUCCUUUCCAUGACACUGGAACAUGUCAGUGGCAGAAACAAGCAGUUAAAGUAAACACAUUUUGUGGAUGCCCAAUUUCCUGCAGGGAUUACAUUGCAGCCUGUUUUUUCGUGGCUCUCGCUCAACACUGGAGCAAUUUCAAAGACUGUUGUCCUCAUUAGUUAUUUAGACUCAGCACGAUGGUGAAAUAGCAUCCAGGUUAAAAAAAAUACCAGCUUCCCUUUAAGUACAUUUGAACGGAACAACUGAAUAUAAUAUAUAUUAUAGAAUAUAUGAAAUAACAGCUGAUUGUAAUUCAUAAUGAAACACAGUGUUAAUAAUCCAAGAUAAACUGAGGUUACUCAGCAUUUCUUUCUUUAUGGAACUAAGUGAAGAUGUUGACAUAAUGAGUGUGAUGGUAAAGUGUUGGCACAUGUUAGGUUUGUACAGUUUGUAUCUACUGUAUAUGUAGACUGAAUUCUCCUUUAAAACACUGUUCUACUCUUUCAAAGAAAAAAAAUAAUACUGUGACACCAAGAAGAACUGUUCAUGGUAACAUACAGGACAACUCCUGCACUUGCACAUCAACAUAAUGUGCUCUCUACUGACUUUUUGUACGCUGAUGAGUUAUCAAAUGAGCUACUUUUUAAAAAAUAAAAUGCUUGUGAUGCAG